AUGUCUUUAAUGUCAUUUGAAGUUCCGACAAGCCCCAAUUUGAGGACUAUUACACCAUUAUCAGGCGAUUCUGGCUUGGCAUCAAUCUGGAAAUCUUCUUCAAAUGAUCUUUUUACAGCACCUUCAUCUCCAGAAGUCAGCACUUCUUCAAUCCUCAGUGUUAUGUGUAUGAAUGUUCCUCGAACACCAAAGAAAUCUUUAUACGUUCCUCCACGCAUUGAAUCUCCAAAACCAAAAAAGUCAAAGCCAAAAGCAGUCGAUUAUAUAUAUUCGAGUGUUUCGUUUACAUCAAGUGAAAACCCCAUAUUUGAUGAUGUUUAUCUCAAAGAAAAGACUUUUGUAUAUAAAGGUAUGGAGAAUCAAGAGUUUGCUUGGAGUGAUUUCAAGCGAAUUGUUCCACAAGCUGAACAAAGUGUCGUUGCUACAUCUAAUCUUGUAUUUUAUUUCAAAAAAGAUAAUGCUUAUGGUAAAGCUUUGACUUCAUCUGCGCAAAGCAAAUUAGACAAAGCUUGUGGCGAUUCUUCAGAUAUAAGCAUAGAAAUUGCUGUUAAGAUAUUAGAUGACAUGGCUAAGUCUGAAAAGUUUUUGAUAUAUUCAACAAGCUCUUUCAAUUAUAGUACUGUAACACCAAUUAUUAAAAAAUACAUCAAGAUGGGCUCCCAAUCAGGCCCACUGCAUAGACAUAUUUUUUCAGGAUAUCUCUUUCCAACGUUAAUUGAUGCAUUGCAAAGAGUUUACGAGGAUGAAAAAGCUAUCAAGAAGUACAUGGUUUCUUUACAUUAA